GAUUGAACGGUAUCUGGUAAAACCGCGCCACCAGUUUUCAGUCACCACCGCAUCCUGGUGUCUGGUAAAACCAAGUCCUUAGAUUCCGUAAGCACUCUUCGCGCACACACAACUCAACUCUUCAAAACCCUUUCAAUCUCUAUCGUCCAUCUCGAGAACGGAUGCACACGGACGGUCCAGAUCCAUCGUGACCUGUCAGCAUUACGAUUCUCGUUGAAAGUUGAAACUCUACUAAGCGCUCUUUGUUUUUCCACACUCAUUCUACUCUCUCUCUCUCUCUCUCUCGUUCACUCCAGAAUCCAAAAUCAAAAUCUACAAACAAAAACAAUAAACAGAGAAAUCGCGAAGAUUCUGUAGAGGAGAGCAAUGGCGUCCAGCGUCUCUGAUUCGAAGAUGAAAAUCGUACACGGCGAGGCCGGUUACAUACUCGAAGACGUUCCUCACUUCUCCGACUACGUUCCAAAUCUUCAUACAUAUCCGAAUCCACUGCGAUCCAAUCCUGCUUACUCGGUUGUUAAGCAAUAUUUCGUGCACAUGGACGACACUGUUCCUCAGAAGGUUGUUGUUCACAAGGAUAGUCCAAGAGGUGUACAUUUUCGACGUGCAGGACCGCGACAAAAGGUAUACUUUAAAUCAGAUGAUGUACAUGCGUGCAUCGUCACGUGUGGUGGACUCUGCCCUGGCCUCAACACUGUUAUAAGGGAAAUUGUCUGUGGACUUUCUUACAUGUACGGAGUUAACAAAGUCCUUGGCAUAGAUGGUGGUUAUAGAGGUUUUUAUUCCAAGAACACCAUUACUUUAACACCUAAGGUGGUCAAUGACAUCCAUAAGCGUGGUGGUACAAUUCUUGGGACAUCACGAGGGGGGCAUGAUACUGGCAAGAUAGUUGACAGCAUCCAGGAUCGAGGGAUUAAUCAGGUUUAUAUUAUUGGAGGAGAUGGAACACAGAGAGGAGCAUCUGUGAUUUAUGAGGAAGUUAGACGGCGGGGUCUGAAAGUAGCAAUUGCUGGAAUUCCUAAAACCAUAGACAAUGACAUCCCGGUUAUUGAUAAAUCCUUUGGUUUUGAUACUGCGGUCGAGGAGGCUCAACGUGCCAUUAAUGCAGCACAUGUUGAAGCUGAAAGUGUUGAGAAUGGCAUUGGUGUUGUAAAGCUAAUGGGACGAUAUAGUGGUUUUAUUGCAAUGUAUGCUACUCUUGCUAGCAGAGAUGUGGACUGUUGCUUGAUUCCAGAGUCACCUUUCUACCUUGAAGGUAAGGGUGGACUUUUUGAAUUUGUUGACAAAAGGCUGAAAGAAAAUGGGCAUAUGGUCAUAGUCAUAGCAGAGGGAGCAGGACAAGAUCUUCUUACAGAAAGUAUGCAGGCCAUGGACCAGAAAGAUGCUUCUGGAAACAAACUACUUCAAGAUGUUGGUUUAUGGAUAUCUCAUAAGAUCAAGGAUCACUUUGCAAAGAAGGAUACGAUUGACAUCAAUCUUAAAUAUAUAGAUCCAACUUACAUGAUCCGGGCAAUUCCAAGCAAUGCAUCAGAUAAUGUCUACUGCACACUUCUUGCUCAGAGUGCAGUCCAUGGUGCAAUGGCAGGGUAUACUGGGUUUACAAGUGGACUGGUCAAUGGUAGACAUACUUAUAUUCCAUUCAAUAGAAUCACCGAGAAGCAGAACAAGGUGGUGAUUACUGACAGAAUGUGGGCAAGACUCCUUUCUUCAACCAACCAGCCAAGCUUUUUGAGCCCUAAAGAUUUAGAUGAAGCCAAGAAAGCCAAAGAACCUCCAACCCAAUUGUUAGAAGGGAACAAUUGCAAUGAUGUUGAUGAAGCCGAUGAAAAAGAACAACCUCCCACUCAGUUGUUCGAAGGGGACAAUUUUAAAUAUGAACAAGAAUCAGGAAACCACGCAGACAAUAGUAUCAAGACAGAAAAUUAGAUAUAGGCUUGUUUAUCUACAACUGUAUCUGGUAACAUGUUUUUAGCAUUUGACCCUCUAGCCCUACAUCCUCCAAAUCCCUGGAGUAUUGGGAGCUGUUCUUUUUGUCCGUUUCCAUGUUUUGCAAGUUGGUACGUCUUUCUUUAUAAAGACCGCCUUCUUGUGUGAUCUUUGUACUCGGAAGAUUUUGUCAUUGAAUUUUUAACCUAGCUCAUUAAGAAUCGAACGGAAUUAUAUAAUGAGGGGAUUAGGGGACUAAUUUAUCUGGUUGUUGUUCUCUGUUUUUGGUUGUGACUUGAGUUUUUUUAUAUUCAGUUUUGCUGGAACGAAGCUGAAAAGAGUGUUAUGUUUAUGUAUGCAAUAAAGUUUCUUAAAUGAUUAGACUUGUGCAA